UGACUCUGUCCGUCUGUCUGUCAGUCGUCUUCAACCCCCAAACAACUGUCAGAAUCUUCGCCGGCUUGAGGGUCAUUGUGAUUGGAAUCGAAUCUUCUGAAUCAUGAAUUAUCUUCGUGGAGCUUUCAAGCCUGCUUGUAAUAUCUCAAUCACGUUUACUGAUGGCAAAAAUCGUAAACAGGUUCCGGUUAAGAAAGAUAAUGGACAAAUGGUUAUGAAUCCACUUUUCCAUAGUCAAGAAACUAUUGCUGGCAAGGUUUGUAUUGAACCAUAUCAAGGGAAGAAAGUGGAGCACAAUGGUGUUAAAGUUGAGCUUCUUGGCCAAAUAGAAAUGUACUUUGACAGAGGGAACUUCUAUGACUUCACUUCCCUGGUGCGUGAGCUUGAUGUACCUGGAGAAAUAUAUGAAAAGAAGGCGUACCCUUUUGAAUUUCCUACCGUUGAGAUGCCAUAUGAGACAUACAAUGGCGUUAAUGUUCGGCUAAGGUAUGUCCUGAAAGUAACAGUUACACGUGGUUACGCUGGAAGCAUCGUGGAGUACCAGGACUUUGUGGUGCGUAACUAUUCCCCAUUACCACCAAUCAAUAACAGCAUCAAGAUGGAAGUUGGAAUCGAGGACUGCUUGCAUAUCGAGUUUGAGUACAAUAAAAGCAAGUAUCACCUGAAAGAUGUUAUCCUCGGGAAAGUGUACUUUCUUCUGGUGAGAAUCAAGAUAAAGAAUAUGGAUCUUGAGAUCAGACGGAGAGAAUCAACAGGAGCAGGAGCUAAUACUCACGUCGAGACAGAAACAUUAGCCAAAUUUGAGUUAAUGGAUGGUGCUCCCGUUAGAGGCGAGUCGAUACCUGUAAGACUGUUCUUGACACCAUACGAUCUGACGCCAACGCAUAAGAACAUAAACAACAAAUUCAGUGUCAAGUAUUAUCUGAAUCUUGUGCUGGUUGACGAAGAGGAUCGCCGUUACUUCAAGCAGCAAGAAAUCACCUUGUACAGGCUCAAGGAUGAGUCAUCUUGAUGUUUUACAAAAGGAAAGAAAAGAGAGCAACGAGAUUUUUUUUCAGAACUUUGUAAAGCCUUUUUCUAACACUUUUUCUGUAUGCAAUUAAUUGGUUGGGGACUUGGUGGAGUUAUGAAGUUGAAUCAUGUAAGUUUGUUCAUUGACCCAUAAUGUUGUUUGGAUUCCAAGUAAGAAAACUAGCAACUCUUUUCCAA